UUGCAUAUCUCCCUGCAUAUAUUUGGCUGUGCGCAGUGGCGCGCCACAUUGCUGCAACCCCAGAGUUAUUCGAGAUCUCAAACGCUAACUGGUCUAUAUAGACACUUGCAACCAUGUCUGACAAACCCAAUCUCGAUGAAGUCACCAACUUCGACAAGAGCAAGCUGAAGAAGACUGAGACUCAGGAGAAGAACCCGCUCCCAUCUAAAGAAACCAUUGAACAGGAGAAGCAGGCGACAUCGUGAAGACCCCAAGCCGCCAUCAUGCACUGUGCACACCCCCUUUCCCACACAUUGCCUUCUUUUUGUUCACUUCUUUUAGCUGUAUAACUCUGUAACCAAAAUGUCCAAAAAAAGGAAAAAAAAAAUGCUUAAAAGAAAAACCUAAAGCUGCCAUCAACGUUGGGUGGACCUGAAAUCAUCCUCCACCAACAGCCAGAAGACAAAAACCAUCCACCCACCCCCCUUUUCCAAACCAGCAAUGAAAGACCGCUUCUAACGGUUUGGCGCAUGUAGUUUGGAUCCAUCUGGCUUCCAUGGCCUCGGCUAUUGGUGUAGAGACAGGAGAGGGGCAAAGGACAAAGGGGGCGUGGCUUCGGAAUGUGGACAUUCCCAAAAUUUUCAUUGACCAAUCGGGGUAUGGCUUUAUGCCAAUGUGUGACCUUCUCACCAAUUUGUGGCGUUUCUUUUCUUUCUUUUGUUUAAGAAAUUGAGUUUUACAGUAAAAUGCACAUGUACUUGGUUUUUGUUUGUCAUCAAUGAUUAAUACAUUCUUGUUAGCGCUGCUUCAGGCAAAUGCUUUUUGAUUGACACAAGAGGAAGAGGAAAUGGAGGAAGCCACCUAGAUGAGGAAACAUUUCUAAGGCACAAGAGGGUUUAAAAAAAACUGAUUGUACCCUUUAUUUUUUUUUUUUGUACGUGUGGGGUUUUUUUUGGGGUUGCUUUUUGUGUUGUGUCCAAUCUCAGUUGUCAUGUAUGGAAGCUGUCAAUUCUGGAAAUGAGAAAUUCCAUGAUGCUCUCAAGUGUUGAUGAAAUUAUUUUUUUUCCAUGGGUUUCUGUAAAACUCAAACCAUGUUAUUUUGCCACAAACCUAUUCUCAAAAAUGGAAAAAGGAACAUGUCGUAAUAAAGCCUUUGUUAUCAAAAUGG